ACUUGACCAUGACAUUUUUUCCUUUAAGCUACUUCUAUUGAAAUUUUUUAUCAUUUUAUGAAGUACAAAUGUAAUCCUUCUUAAUUUUAUUUAAUUAUCAAUAUUUUUCCAAUAAUAUUUGUUAUAAUUAAAAAAUUAUAAAAUGUUGUUUGUGAACUAAUAUUUUUAUCUAUUGUUUAAAAACUACUUUCCUAUUAAAUGGAAUAUAUUUUUAAUUAAAUGUGUUAAAUACACUUUUUUGAGACAAAACAUCAAUCAUGUCUGCUGAUUCUCCUUGCAAAGCAUCUAAAAGUCUUAUUGGAAAAACAGUUUUACCGGGUCCAGUUGUUGAUAGAUCAAUUAUUGAUAGUGUUACUGGAUUUAUUCAAGAUGUAGUUCCUCAUGGAUAUUCUAAUAUUAUCAAUGUUGACAAUAGAGAGAAAAUACUUUGGACACAAUUUGAAACUUUGGAACUAAAUGAGUUUUCGUCUACUUUUGAAAAUGAUGAAUCACUUAUGUCUGGUGUAUCACCGAUGCUUCUUACAUUGGGUUAUGGAUUUGGUGUUCAAGUGUGGUAUAUUGGAGCUAAUGGAGAAGCAUAUGAAGUUUUAUCAUGGUCUCAGGGAGUUGUAAAAAUUUUAAAGUUUAUACCCUCACCUAUUCUAGACCUCAAGUUUCGUCAAGAUCCUUUUGCACACAAAAGACCAUUGAUUGCUUUAUGUGAUGGCUCUGGUCCUGGUCCACAAUUUUGUUCUAUAAGUUUUGUGUCAUUGACCUGUGGAGAUGUGGUUAAAACAAUAAAGUUUAAAAAUCCUAUCAUGGAUAUAGCUGUGAAUCAUUUUGCAAUAGCAAUUGUCUUUUUAGAAAAAAUUGCCAUUUUUGAUGCAUUGACAGUUGAAGAUAUUAUGACAAUCACCACUUGUUAUCCUAGUCCUGGUAUAAAAUCAAACCCCAUUGCCUUGGGAACUAGAUGGUUAGCUUAUGCAGACCAAAAAGUUAUUUCAUGGAAUCGAUCAUUAGGAGGAUAUGAAGGUGAAAAUGGCCACUCUUAUACUGCAACAGUUUUACAUGCUGCAAAAACAUUGAGUCAGAGUCUAAGAGACUUAAGUGGAUCUGUUGCAAAUAGUAUAACAGGCGUUCAUAAUUCCAAUUCAGUACAUAACAUAUCUUUAGUAAAUGAAUCAAAUCAAAUGAACCCUGGUAUUAUUACUGUUAUUGAUAUUAAAAAUAAAUUAUUAAAAGAAAUGGAAAAUCAUGGACCAGAUAUAGUGGCUCAUUUUAUUGCUCAUUGUGAAGCUAUUGUAGCAUUAAAUUUUGAUCAGUCUGGUUUGAUGUUAGUUACUGCUGAUAAAAAUGGACAUAGAUUCAAUGUAUUUAAGAUAAAUCCAAAUGUAUUAGGUUCACCAUUCGCAUCUGUACAUCAUUUAUACACUUUACAUAGAGGUGAUACUACUGCCAAAAUUCAAGACAUACAAUUCUCCAGUGAUUCUAGAUGGGUAGCAGUAAGCUCAUUAAGGGGAACUACUCAUCUGUUUCCAAUUACACCUUAUGGAGGCCCAAUUGGGUUACGAACACAUUCAACACCACAUAUUGUAAAUAAAUUAUCCAGAUUUCAUCGUAGUGCUGGAUUAAUAUCUGAUGGUAGAAAUAGUCCUGUAUUAACUGAUUCAUUGCAAAAUUCUCAAAUUAUACUACCGUAUUCAAGUCCAUGUAUUAAUCCAGCGCCUCAUCCAAUUGUUAUACAGUCACUUAAUCAAAUACGAUCUCAAGGAAAUAAAUUAACCUCAGAUGAGGUUGGUAUAUCUACAUAUAUAAGAUUAUCAACUUGUUUUGCCCAUGGUCGAGUUUUAGAUACAACUAUGAUUAGAGACAUAUCAAAUUUGUCUUAUAAUUCAAAGAAAACUGUUGCUGAUUCUUUAUACGUAAUGACUAGUAAUGGAAUACUUACUCAGUAUGACAUGUUCCCUGUUCAUUCUAACUCCAUUUCAAAAGAAAAAAUAUUUGAUGAUACUAUGAUUGAAUUGAAUAUAGAACCUAAAACUGAAUGGAAUUUAUACAAACCUCCUCUUCAUGCAACCACUGUAAAUCCUCCUUUAAAUAGAGGUAAUCCACUAUUGGAUUUAUUUAUAAAAACUCCAUUUUCAAAUGUAACAAAUGUCACAGAAAAAAAUAAUUUGGAAAAUAUUGAUGAACGAUGGCUGUCUCAAGUUGAAAUUAGUACUCAUGCUGGUCCACAUCGCCGUCUUUGGAUGGGACCUCAAUUUUCAUUUAAAACUUGUAACACUUCAAUUUUAGGAAGAUCUGAUUCUGAUACUCAAUUGAGUGAAAAUGAAAAUGGUCCACGGCUUGUGAAAUCAAGUCCAGUUAGUGUUCCACAAACUGGGACUUUAAGUAGACAAAGUACUCCCGUUUUUAUUGAAUGUGGUUCAAAUAGUAGUUUUGAUUAUUCACCUAAAUUUCUGGAUUUGAAUCAAGGAGAUUCGUCAGAUUUUUCAUCUGACCAAGGUGAAACUAAGAUACUUGAAGACCUUGCAGAAGCUAUGAAUGAGAAUCUUCAUAUAAAUAAAGCUGAAGAGAAGAUUCAAGAAUUUUCAGUAGAUUUGUUAGAUAAAGAACUCUCAGAAACUGAAACUAUAGAUGAAGGCCAGUUUAAUAUUCAGCCUAUAUUAAUUAAAAGGUGUAAGAAAGCAAAAAAGAAAAGAAAUAAGUAAUUAAUGAAACCAAAUUUAAAAAAAACUAUCAUGUUAUAGUUAAAUGUUAUUUUUUUUAAUUCUUUGUAAAGUUUAAAUUAUUGUAUAAAAAUUUUAUUUUAUUUAAAAAAAUAAUUGAAUUAACCUAUUGUUACUAGUGUUUAUAAAGUAAAAAAAUUGUCAUUACCUAUGUAUAAAAUUUGUUUAAUGUAUUUUAUGAUCAUUAUAUCCAUGUUUAUUUUUAGCUCUUAACUUUUAAGUUAUUUCUAUGGUACCUACUUAUAGUUAUAAGUAAAUAUUUAACAUGAAA